AUGUCAUCUAAAGCUCAAUCAAAGUUAGCUGGGAGGGUAGCUAUCGUAGGAACGGGUCAUAGAGCUAGACUCUACACCCAUUCGAUCGCUGCUCGACCUCAACUUGAACUCGUCGCAUUAUGCGAUACCAACUCGGAUCGAAUGGACCAUCAUAAUGGCCUAUUGAAGGAACAUGGUAGACCCGAAGCCAAGAAAUACCCAGCUGAGGACUUCAAUAAGAUGCUCGAGAGUGAGAACCUCGAUAUACUAGUAGUUACUACGAUAGACUUCACACAUGAUCUGUAUAUCGUACCGGCCGUUAAGAAGGGUAUCAAAGUAUUAACUGAGAAACCAAUGACUACUGACGUCGAGAAAUGUAAGAAGAUCUUAUCGGCAGUAGAGGAGAACAACGGAUCUGUACAAGUCCUCUUCAACUACCGAUAUAACCCUGUUCACUGGAAAGUCGCCGAAGUGAUCGCAGAGGGUAAGAUCGGAAAUGUCAAAUCUGUGCAUUUCGAGUGGUUACUCGAUACCGUACAUGGUGCGGACUACUUUAGAAGAUGGCACAGAUACAAGGACAAAUCAGGUGGAUUGAUGGUCCACAAAUCAUCUCAUCAUUUCGACUUGGUCAACUUCUGGAUCAAUUCCAAACCUUCGUCCGUAUUCGGCAUGGGCGCCUUAUCGUUCUACGGGACGGAGCAAGGCAAGAAAUCCGGUUGGGCUAGGAACUACGAUCGAGCGAGGGGUUCAAAGGAAGCUGAAGAUGAUCCGUUCGCGAUUCAUUUGGAGGAUGAUAAAGGGUUGAAGGCUUUGUAUCAUGAUGCUGAGCAUGUUGACAACUACCACAGAGAUAUGAAUGUCUUCGCGGACGAUAUUACUAUCGAAGAUGAUAUGUCUGUGUUGGUGCAUUACGAGAAUGGCGUGAAUAUGACAUAUCACUUGACUGCGUACAGUCCUUGGGAAGGAUACAGAGUCAUGUUCAACGGUGAUCAGGGACGACUCGAACUUGAAUGCGUUGAAUCCACCCACCGAACAGCCGGAAAGAAAGGUGGUGGAGCCGAAGGUGUCGUACACGGUGAAAAGGCAUUGAAGAAUGAAGGUCACAAUAAGAUUACCUUACAGAAGUUAUGGGGUGAGAAGGAGGACGUACCCUACGUUUGGGCUACAGGUGGUCAUGGUGGUGGUGACGAAGCGAUGCUCGACCAGAUCUUCGGACCCAUCCCGGGCCAAGAGGAACAUAAAUCUCCUAUCAACCGAUUGUCAGCUGAUCAGAAUGAUGGUGCGUUGGCUAUGGCUGUCGGAUUGGCCGCGAACGAAAGUUUCAAGAGUGGGAAGUUGGUGCAGAUCAAGGAGUUGUUGGGCAGACAGUUGUAA